CAGAAACAUUUCAGAGAGAGAGACAAGAAGUAGUAAAAUAAAAUAGCAAGAGUUUUUUUCCUUAUGCUCGACCUGGCCCUGGCCAGCACUCCACACCCGAUGUUCGGGGGGACCCCACCCGGGCGCGCCGCCCUCCGCUCCCUGCUUUUGCUGGGAGCCGCGGCCUUGCUCUGCUCCGCCGCGCCCAUAGACGAGACACGGAAGCAGCUGCUGCGCAGAGAGAGGGCGAUGCGGCUGGGGGGGCAGCUGGCGCUGACCCGGGAAGAGGAGCGGGCCAACCGCGUCCUCAUGGCGCGCAAAGAGGCUGAGACGCGCGGCCCGCAGUUCCCGCCCAGCAUGCACUUCUUCCGGGCCAAGCGCCUCAUCGAGGAGAGCGCCGUGUUCCGCGUCCUGCAGAAGAUGCCGAAAGGGGCCGCCCUGCACGUGCACGACUUCAGCAUCCUGCGCAUGGACUGGCUGGUGAGAAACGUCACCUACAGGCCCCACUGCCACUUCUGCGUCACCCGCCACGGGGCCCUCAAGUUCAGGUUCGCUCACCCAACGCCCCCGCCGCCCGCGGAGUGCUCGGGGUGGGUCCUGCUGGAGAAGUACCGGCAGGAGCUGCGGAACGUCACCGAGUUUGACGAGGGCCUCCUGAGGAAUUUCACGCUGGAGACUGAGAACCCCGAGGAGGCCUACCCAGACCGAGACGUCCUCUGGUCCAGGUUCCAAGCCAUCUUCUUCUCCAUCUCGGGCCUGGUCAGCUACGCGCCCGUGUUCCGGGACUACGUCUUCCUGGGCCUGCAGGAGUUCUGCCAGGACAACGUGCUCUACCUGGAGCUCAGGGCCGAGCUGCUGCCGGUGUACGAGCUGAACGGGACGACCCACGGCCCCGAGUGGACGGUGGAGACCUACAGAGACGUGGCUUCCCUGUUUAAGAGGGAGCAUCCCGGGUUUGUCGGAAUGAAAAUCAUCUAUUCAGAUCACAGGUUCAAGAACGUGUCCCUCAUCACGGAAUCCGUCCGGAUGGCCAUGCAACUUCAAACCAGAUUCCCCAGGAUGGUGGCAGGGUUUGACCUGGUGGGGCGGGAGGACACCGGCCACUCCUUGCACUACUACAGGAAGGCCCUGACGCUUCCCGCCGCGAGAGGCCGCACGCUGCCCUACUUCUUCCACGCCGGGGAGACAGACUGGCAGGGCACUUCGGUCGAUGGAAACCUCCUGGAAGCCCUCGUACUGAACUCCACCAGGAUUGGCCACGGGUUUGCUCUGACCAAACACCCGGCCGUCUGGACUGAGUUGUGGAGGAAGGACAUCCCGGUAGAAGUCUGUCCCAUCUCCAACCAGGUUCUGCAGCUGGUGUCCGACCUGAGAAACCACCCCGCCGCUGUCCUCAUGGCCACCGGGUUCCCCAUGGUGAUCAGCUCGGACGACCCCGCCAUGUUCGGGGCCUCGGGCCUGUCCUACGAUUUCUACGAGGCCUUCAUGGGCAUCGGCGGGGGGAAGGCCGACCUGAGGACCCUCAAACAGCUGGCCCUGAACUCCAUCAAGUACAGCGCCCUGCAGGACGCGGAGAAAAAGGCCGCCCUGGAAACCUGGGCGGAGAGAUGGGACGCCUUUGUAGCCGAGCUGGCCGGAGGCUGGAGCGAGGAGACAGCCGCGUAGGCCCCUGUUCCCAGCUGUCCGCCACGGGCCGUCUCCCUGCCGCUCCGUUGUUCCUGAGUCCACUCCGGGCCGUCCCCACGCCCGUUUCUUCGUGCAGAUCAGCAGAAGCCUUCCAUCUGUUUAACAUCUCAGAAAUACUCCAUCAGCCCUGGCGGGGGUGGCGCAUGGGUUGAGUGCUGGCCUGGAAACUAAAGGGUCACCAGUUCGAUUCCCAGUCAGGGCACAGGCCUGGGUUGCGGGCCAGGUCCCCAGCAGGAGGCGCACAAGAAGCAACCACACACGGAUGUUUC